AUGACGCCAUCAUCAACGCACUCCAGCACGUCAUCCCAGCAAGAAGUGCCAUCAACACACCAACAGCAGGUGGCUAAAGUGCAACGCUGGCAGCAAGAGGUACCUGAAAUGCAGCAAACACAUCAGGACUGGCGGUCUCACGUGGAGAACAAUUACGACGAGUUACAAGAAUGCCAAUCCAAGCUUGAAGAAGCAGAUAGCAGAUUGGAGAAGAUGACGCUCUCCAGUUCCAGCGUGACCAACCUGACUGGGGCUACCAACCUGAUACCCUUGGAAACGUUGAGAUUGGCUUUCAAAGAGACUGUGAAAUGA